AUGCCGUACCUCGUCACCGAGCCCGCGCCCUCCACGACAAGUUACGUGCGCUGCGGCCGCGGCGGCGCGGGCAACACGUUUCGCGCGCAGGCAGCGCCGCCGCCGCGGGAGGUGUCAUCGUCGUCGGCCGCGGCACCCUCGCCAUCCCGCUUCUUCAGCGGCAUCGGCGGCGCGGGCAACGCCCACUCUGCUUCGGAGCGGCCCCCGGCGACGGCCUCGCUCGACGACGCCGUCCGCCACGCGGCUGCGCGCGACAGCGCGCCCGUGGGGUACUGCGGCCGCGGGGGCGCCGGCAACGUCUACCGGCGCAAGGAGAGCGAUGCGUCCAGCUCGUCUUGUGCGUCGAGCGUCCGCAGCAGCGUGAGCUCCACGGCCAAGCUGUGGAGUCGUGUGAGCUCGUUGGGACGCCAGUAG